AUGCCAAUCGAACCUAGAGCUAGUUGGUUCUCCCCGAAAUGCGUUGAGGCGCAACAAUUGAAUGGACAUCUAGGGGUAAAACACUCUUUCAGCGCAGGCCGCCAAAGUGGUAUCAAAUCGAAGCAAACUCUGAAUACUAGAUAUAACCCCGACAAGUCAAGGUCGGCCAGUGACACGAUGGAGGAUAAACUUCAUCGUCAAUAG